GACGGGAAAGGGGGAGUUCGCGGCCGGUGGCGGCGGUGGCGACAGCGGCGACCUAGGGAUCGAUCUGGAGGGACUUGGGGAGCGUGCAGAGACCUCUAGCUCGAGCGCGAGGGACCUCCCGCCGGGAUGCCUGGGGAGCAGAUGGACCCUACUGGAAGUCAGUUGGAUUCAGAUUUCUCUCAGCAAGAUACUCCUUGCCUGAUAAUUGAAGAUUCUCAGCCUGAAAGCCAGGUUCCAGAAGAUGAUUCUGGUUCUCACUUCAGUAUGCUAACUCGACACCUUCCUAAUCUCCAGACGCACAAAGAAAAUCCUGUGUUGGAUGUUGUGUCCAAUCCUGAACAAACAGCUGGAGAAGAACGAGGAGACAGUAAUAGUGGGUUCAAUUUGAAAGAAAACAAGGUUGCAGACCCAGAUUCUUCUAACUUGGACACAUGUGGUUCCAUCAGUCAGGUCAUUGAGCAGUUACCUCAGCCAAACAGGACAAGCAGUGUUCUGGGAAUGUCAGUGGAAUCUGCUCCUGCUGUGGAGGAAGAGAAGGGAGAAGAGUUGGAACAGAAGGAGAAAGAGAAGGAAGAAGAUACUUCGGGCAAUACUACACAUUACCUUGGUGCUGAAGAUACUGCCUCGUCACAGUUGGGCUUUGGGGUUCUGGAACUCUCCCAGAGCCAGGAUGUUGAGGAAAAUACUGUGCCAUAUGAAGUGGACAAAGAGCAGCUACAAUCAGUAACUACCAACUCUGGUUAUACCAGGCUAUCUGAUGUGGAUGCUAAUACUGGAAUUAAGCAUGAAGAACAGUCCAAUGAAGAUAUCCCCAUAGCAGAACAGUCCAGCAAGGACAUCCCUGUGACAGCACAGCCCAGUAAGGAUGUACAUGUUGUAAAAGAGCAAAAUCCACCACCUGCAAGGUCAGAGGACAUGCCUUUUAGCCCCAAAGCAUCUCUUGCUGCUAUGGAAGCAAAAGAACAGUUAUCUGCACAAGAACUUAUGGAAAGUGGACUGCAGAUUCAGAAGUCACCAGAGCCUGAGGUUUUGUCAACUCAGGAAGACUUGUUUGACCAGAGCAAUAAAACAGUAUCUUCUGACGGUUGCUCUACUCCUUCAAGGGAGGAAGGUGGGUGUUCUUUGGCUUCCACCCCUGCCACCACUCUGCAUCUCCUGCAGCUCUCUGGUCAGAGGUCCCUUGUUCAGGAGAGUCUUUCCACGAAUUCCUCAGAUCUUGUUGCUCCUUCUCCUGAUGCUUUCCGAUCUACUCCUUUUAUCGUUCCUAGCAGUCCCACAGAGCAAGAAGGGAGACAAGAUAAGCCAAUGGACAUGUCAAUGUUAUCUGAAGGAGGAGGAGAGCCUUUUCAGAAGAAACUUCAAAGUGAUGAACCAGUGGAGUUAGAAAACCCCCGUCUCCCGCCUGAGUCCACUGUGUCACCACAAGCCUCAACACCAAUAUCUCAGAGCACACCAGUCUUCACUCCUGGGUCACUUCCUAUCCCAUCCCAGCCUCAGUUUUCUCAUGACAUUUUUAUUCCUUCCCCAAGUCUGGAAGAACAAUCAAAUGAUGGGAAGAAAGAUGGAGAUUUGCAUAGUUCAUCUUUGACAGUUGAGUGUUCUAAAACUUCAGAGAUUGAACCAAAGAAUUCCCCUGAGGAUCUUGGGCUAUCUUUGACAGGGGAUUCUUGCAAGUUGAUGCUUUCUGCAAGUGAAUAUAGUCAGUCCCCAAAGAUGGAGAGCUUGAGUUCUCACAGAAUUGAUGAAGAUGGAGAAAAUACACAGAUUGAGGAUACAGAACCCAUGUCUCCAGUUCUCAAUUCUAAAUUUGUUCCUGCCGAAAAUGAUAGUAUCCUGAUGAAUCCAGCACAGGAUGGUGAAGUACAACUGAGUCAGAAUGAUGACAAAACAAAGGGAGAUGAUACAGACACCAGGGAUGACAUUAGUAUUUUAGCCACUGUUUGCAAGGGCAGAGAAGAAACGGUAGCAGAAGAUGUUUGUAUUGAUCUCACUUGUGAUUCGGGGAGUCAGGCAGUUCCUUCACCAGCUACUCGAUCUGAGGCACUUUCUAGUGUGUUAGAUCAGGAGGAGGCUAUGGAAAUUAAAGAACACCAUCCAGAGGAGGGGUCUUCAGGGUCUGAGGUGGAAGAAAUCCCUGAGACACCUUGUGAAAGUCAAGGAGAGGAACUCAAAGAAGAAAAUAUGGAGAGUGUCCCAUUGCACCUUUCUCUGACUGAAACUCAGUCCCAAGGGUUGUGUCUUCAAAAGGAAAUCCCAAAAAAAGAAUGCUCAGAAGCUAUGGAAGUUGAAACCAGUGUGAUUAGUAUUGAUUCCCCUCAAAAGUUGGCAAUACUUGACCAAGAAUUAGAACAUAAGGAUCAAGAAGCUUGGGAAGAAGCUACUUCAGAGGAUUCCAGUGUUGUCAUUGUAGAUGUGAAAGAGCCAUCUCCCAGAGUUGAUGUUUCUUGUGAACCUUUAGAGGGAGUGGAGAAGUGCUCAGAUUCCCAGUCAUGGGAGGAUGUUGCUCCAGAAAUAGAACCAUGUGCUGAGAAUAGGUUAGACACCAAGGAAGAAAAGAGUGUAGAAUAUGAAGGAGAUCUGAAAUCAGGGACUGCAGAAACAGAACCUGUAGAGGAAGACUCUUCACAGCCUUCCUUACCUUUAAUGAGAGCAGAUGAUCCUUUAAGACUUGACCAGGAGUUGCAGCAGCCCCAAACUCAGGAGAAAACAAAUAAUUCAUUAACAGAAGACUCAAAAAUGGCUAAUGCAAAGCAGCCAAGCUCAGAUGCAGAGGCCCAGAAGCUGGGGAAGCCCUCUGCCCAUGCCUCACAAAGCUUCUGUGAAAGUUCUAGUGAAACCCCAUUUCAUUUCACUUUGCCUAAAGAAGGUGAUACCAUCCCACCAUUGACUGGUGCAACCCCACCUCUUAUUGGGCACCUAAAAUUGGAGCCCAAGAGACACAGUACUCCUAUUGGUAUCAGCAACUAUCCAGAAAGCACCAUAGCAACCAGUGACGUCAUGUCUGAAAGCAUGGUGGAGACCCAUGAUCCCAUACUUGGGAGUGAAAAAGGGGAUUCUGGGGCUGCCCCAGACAUGGAUGAUAAAUUAUGUCUAAGAAUGAAACUGGUUAGUCCUGAGACUGAGGCGAGUGAAGAGUCUUUGCAGUUCAACCUGGAAAAGCCUGCAACUGAUGAAAGAAAAAAUGGAUCUACUGCUGUUGCUGAGUCUGUUGCCAGUCCCCAGAAGACCAUGUCUGUGUUUAGCUGUAUCUAUGAAGCCAGGCAAGAGAAUGAAGCUCGAAGUGAGGAUCCCCCCACUGCACCCAUCAGGGGGAACUUGCUCCACUUUCCAAGUUCUCAAGGAGAAGAGGAGAAAGAAAGAUUGGAGGGUGACCAUACAAUCAGGCAGAGUCAACAGCCUAUGAAGCCCGUUAGUCCUGUCAAGGACCCUGUUUCUCCUGCUUCCCAGAAGAUGGUCAUACAAGGGCCAUCCAGUCCUCAAGGAGAGGCAAUGGUGACAGAUGUGCUAGAAGACCAGAAAGAAGGACGGAAUACUAAUCAGGAAAAUCCUAGUAAGGCCUUGAUUGAAAGGCCCAGCCAAAAUAACAUAGGAAUCCAAACCAUGGAGUGUUCCUUGAGGGUCCCAGAAACUGUUUCAGCAGCAACCCAGACUAUAAAGAAUGUGUGUGAGCAGGGGACCAGUACAGUGGACCAGAACUUUGGAAAGCAAGAUGCCACAGUUCAGACUGAGAGGGGGAGUGGUGAGAAACCAGUCAGUGCUCCUGGGGAUGAUACAGAGUCGCUCCAUAGCCAGGGAGAGGAAGAGUUUGAUAUGCCUCAGCCUCCACAUGGCCAUGUCUUACAUCGUCACAUGAGAACAAUCCGGGAAGUACGCACACUUGUCACUCGUGUCAUUACAGAUGUGUAUUAUGUGGAUGGAACAGAAGUAGAAAGAAAAGUAACUGAGGAGACUGAAGAGCCAAUUGUAGAGUGUCAGGAGUGUGAAACUGAAGUUUCCCCUUCACAGACUGGGGGCUCCUCAGGUGACCUGGGGGAUAUCAGCUCCUUCUCCUCCAAGGCAUCCAGCUUACACCGCACAUCAAGUGGGACAAGCCUCUCAGCUAUGCACAGCAGUGGAAGCUCAGGGAAAGGAGCCGGACCACUUAAAGGGAAAACCAGCGGGACAGAACCCGCAGAUUUUGCCUUACCCAGCUCCCGAGGAGGCCCAGGAAAACUGAGUCCUAGAAAAGGGGUCAGUCAGACAGGGACGCCAGUAUGUGAGGAGGAUGGUGAUGCAGGCCUUGGCAUCAGACAGGGAGGGAAGGCUCCAGUCACGCCUCGUGGGCGCGGGCGAAGGGGCCGCCCACCUUCUCGGACCACUGGAACCAGAGAAACAUCUGUGCCUGGCCCCUUGGGCAUAGAGGACAUUUCACCUAACUUGUCACCAGAUGAUAAAUCCUUCAGCCGUGUCGUGCCCCGAGUGCCAGACUCCACCAGACGAACAGAUGUGGGUGCUGGUGCUUUGCGUCGUAGCGACUCUCCAGAAAUUCCUUUCCAGGCUGCUGCUGGCCCUUCUGAUGGCUUAGAUGCCUCCUCUCCAGGAAAUAGCUUUGUAGGGCUCCGUGUUGUAGCCAAGUGGUCAUCCAAUGGCUACUUUUACUCUGGGAAAAUCACACGAGAUGUCGGAGCUGGGAAGUACAAAUUGCUCUUUGAUGAUGGGUACGAAUGUGAUGUGUUGGGCAAAGACAUUCUGUUAUGUGACCCCAUCCCGCUGGACACUGAAGUGACGGCCCUCUCGGAAGAUGAGUAUUUCAGUGCAGGAGUGGUGAAAGGACAUAGGAAGGAGUCUGGGGAACUGUACUACAGCAUUGAAAAAGAAGGCCAAAGAAAGUGGUAUAAGCGAAUGGCUGUCAUCCUGUCCUUGGAGCAAGGAAACAGACUGAGAGAGCAGUAUGGGCUUGGCCCCUAUGAGGCAGUAACACCUCUCACAAAGGCAGCAGAUAUCAGCUUAGACAAUUUGGUGGAAGGGAAGCGGAAACGGCGCAGUAACGUCAGCUCCCCAGCCACCCCUACUGCCUCCAGUAGCAGCAGCACAACCCCUACCCGAAAGAUCACAGAAAGUCCUCGUGCCUCCAUGGGAGUUCUCUCAGGCAAAAGAAAACUUAUCACUUCUGAAGAGGAACGGUCCCCUGCCAAGCGAGGUCGCAAGUCUGCCACCGUCAAACCUGGUGCAGUGGGGGCAGGAGAGUUUGUGAGCCCCUGUGAGAGUGGAGACAAUACCGGUGAACCCUCUGCCCUGGAAGAGCAGAGAGGGCCUUUGCCUCUCAACAAGACCUUGUUUCUGGGCUAUGCAUUCCUCCUUACCAUGGCCACAUCCAGUGACAAGUUGGCCAGCCGCUCCAAACUACCAGAUGGUCCAGCAGGAAGCAGUGAGGAAGAGGAGGAAUUUUUAGAAAUUCCUCCUUUCAACAAGCAGUAUACAGAAUCCCAGCUUCGAGCAGGAGCUGGCUAUAUCCUUGAAGAUUUCAAUGAAGCCCAGUGUAACACAGCUUACCAGUGUCUUCUAAUUGCGGAUCAGCAUUGUCGAACCCGGAAGUACUUCCUGUGCCUUGCCAGUGGGAUUCCUUGUGUGUCUCAUGUCUGGGUCCAUGAUAGUUGCCAUGCCAACCAGCUCCAGAACUACCGUAAUUAUCUGUUGCCAGCUGGGUACAGCCUUGAGGAGCAAAGAAUUCUGGACUGGCAACCCCGUGAAAAUCCUUUCCAGAAUCUGAAGGUACUCUUGGUAUCAGACCAACAGCAGAACUUCCUGGAGCUCUGGUCUGAGAUCCUCAUGACUGGUGGGGCAGCCUCUGUGAAGCAGCACCAUUCAAGUGCCCAUAACAAAGAUAUUGCUUUAGGGGUAUUUGAUGUGGUGGUGACGGACCCCUCGUGCCCAGCCUCAGUGCUGAAGUGUGCUGAAGCAUUGCAGCUGCCUGUGGUGUCACAAGAGUGGGUGAUCCAGUGCCUCAUUGUUGGGGAGAGAAUUGGAUUCAAGCAGCAUCCAAAAUAUAAACACGAUUAUGUUUCUCACUAAAGAUACUUGGUCUUACUGGUUUUAUUCCCUGCUAUUGUGGAGAUUGUGUUUUAACCAGGUUUUAAAUGUGUCUUGUGUGUAACUGGAUUCCUUGCAUGGAUCUUGUAUAUAGUUUUAUUUGCUGAACUUUUAUGAUAAAAUAAAUGUUGAAUCUCUUUGGUUGUAGUAACUGGGAUUUCUUCAUCUGUUUCUUUGAGCUUAAUCUCAGAACAAAUGACAAGAUAAACAUAGCACUUUCUCGAGUCUUUCAACAGGCUUAUUCACUUUCGGAGGACAGCUAGCCAAGGAAAUUGAAAAGUUAAGUGGCAUCAUUCCCAAAAGGUUAUUCCAGGGUGUCUAAAAUGCUAUGUUUGCAGAAACUCAGUUUAAAGUAGGUGAAGGCCCAGAUUAACAGUUGUGCCAAAAGUUGAGUGGAAUUGGGCACAGCUGUUUCCUGACAGUUAAAAAAGACCUGAUGCUCUCUGUCUCUCUAGAGCUGAGAUCACAGCUGACCUGUGGGUAUUCCCCCACUCUUAGAGCUAAAGGGAGAACGAAAGGACCAACUGCCAUGAAGGGACAGUGACCAUAAGCUUAAUGGAAUGACCUUCCAUAAGAUAAACAUGAGAAGCACAAGUGAGAACACCCGGAAAUGUUACACAUUCUAGUCAAAGACCCAAUAUUAUUAUUACUGUCACAAUGGCUGGAAGCAGUUCCUUCCCUUCCUCUGGCAUCACUGAUCCCUGUUCAUGGCUUCUCAUUCUCUAAAGCAGGGGUCAAGUUUUUUUUUCUGUAAAGGGCCAAAGAGUAAAUAUUUCAGGCGUUGUAGGCCAUUUGAUCCAUCACAACUACUCACCUUUGCUGUGAGGGCAUGAAAGCAACCAUAGACAAUGAGUAAACAAAUGGGCAUGACUGGGUUUCAGUAAAACUGUAUUUACAAAAACAGACAGCAGGCCAUAGUUUGCCAGCUCCUGGUCUAGAGACAGCAGUGAAAAGGGUGAUCUUUAGUUGGUAAUAGCAGGGAAUAACGUUUCCAGCGCUUCCCAGUGUGUAGAAGAUGUAGUGAUAAAGACCAGAUUCGGUGACUAUAAACUGAUGCCAGAACACUGCAUUCUUUUUCAGUUUGGAGGGUGUUGUUCAAUUAAUAUUUAUUUUUACUCACACUGAUAUGAAUAUUGAUUACCAGUGAUGGCUGGGCCGUAUUAAGAUAACUUCAACCCCUAUGGUUUGUGUAAGAUGGGUAAUUGGGCCUGCUGUCUUCAGUAUUUAAAAAUCUAACAACUUGAUCUCAAUUUUUUCUUAAGGACCUUUUUCUUGGAGAAUAAUACUUUUUUUUUUUUUUUUUUUUUGAGACGGAAUUUCGCUCUUGUUGCCCAGGCUGGAAUGCAAUGGCAUGAUCUCACCUCACCGCAACGUCUGCUUCCCAGGUUCAAGCAGUUCUCCUGUUUCAGCCUCCUGAGUAGCUGGGAUUACAGGCACAUGCCACCACACCUGGCUAAUUUUUGUAUUUUUAGUAGAGUCGGGGUUUCAUCAUGUUGGUCAGGCUGGUCUCAAACCCCUGACUUCAGGUGAUCUGCCCGCCUCGGCCUCCCAAAGUGCUGGGAUUACAGGCGUGAGCCACCAUGCCCGGCCUAAGAAAUACUUUAAGUAUAUUUUCAUUAGCUAGAAUUGCCCAAUCUGUGUGGGUAUAAAUUACUUGGUAUAGGGAGAGAGAAAGCCUGUCUUACCUGUUGCUUUCUUACUUGGUGGUAACAUCCAGCAGUUAGCCUAUUUAUAAACAUAAUUCCUUUUUCACAUAUGAACCAUAAAAUAUUUAACUUUCUGCUAUCUAUAUUGUUUGUUUACUGUUGUAUCUCCCACAGCUUGAACAGUACCAAGGCACGCAGUAGGUGCUCAAUAAAUGACUACUGAAUAAAUGAACACAUCCAACAAAUGUUCUCAAUGUAAAGGAUCAGAGAUGCCACAUGUUCUCCUUGAUGGGACAGACCCUUCCACAUGGGAAUGAUGGGAAGGAGUUGUACUCCUGGAUGUUCAGUAACUGCUUCUAGGAGAAAAGGUAGAGUCCUAUCACUAAGCCGCAGAUAUCUAUUUGUGUGUGGCUAGAAUGGGAUGUUUUGACUCUUCUGUUACAACUUUGGGAACGUGGCUGUUAUUUCAGUUUAUAAGCCAGAACUUUUCACAUCCCGAAACUACAAAAGAGAAAAAGAGCCUUAUUAAGUAUCAUGCUUUCCCAAGACUACCUUCAAAGAAAUAUGAAUCAGGACAACCUGUGAUCUAAAUAAUGUCAUCUUAAAACUGAAGAGUUUCUUUUGACUCUUCUGCUAUGAUAGCUUAGAAAAAAAUCUGCUUGCAGACAUUUUAGAGAUAGAAAGGAAAAUAAAGUGAUUUUCUGAAUGGGAAUGACAGACCUCUGGGAAGCCAGUUACUACUGAAUCUCAGUAUCAGUUUUUUUUAAAGUUUAGAGUUAGAAGGGGUGGUCUCCUCUUUUCAUGGAUGCGGACGCUAGGGACCAGCAAGGCGGGGUGCCCAUGGCUGCACAGCUAGUUCAUAUCAGAAUUGGAAAUGGAAGGCACACUGCCUCCCAGCAUAGCAAUACAUAACCUAGCAAAGGACUUAACACCUAUCUCACUGUCAGGUUUUUUAGUAUUUUAUGAUGAUGAUGACUUCUACUAGAAAAUAACCUUCAUUAAAAUUAUUAAAGAUGGUCACAUCUCUAUCUCUAAGCCUUACUUAUAAAAUGAGGGUAUUUGGACUAUAUGAUGGCUAAAGUCUUCUUCCAGCUCUAGAAUUCUACAACUCAUUAAAAAGCCACCUAAAAAAGUCUACUGAGUUACCCAAGGGUUGCUCCUACCUGCCCAGAGUUCCACCAGCCUGGGUAUAGUAUUUGUUAUAAUCUAGUCGUAACAGUAGUUGAGCCAAAUCUGAGUUGAUCUGAUGAUUCCGAACACUGGAGAGAAUCUUGAACAGGAGUGAAGAUUGGCGGCUAAAGCCCUGCAGAGAGAAGGACUCAGCUGUCAUUCCACUUCAGCUCACCAGCUCUCCAUAUGGAGGAUGGGGGUGGAGGGAGGAGUUUCUUGGAAAAGCCUUGUUCAAAAUUCUACAGAACCACCUGGCCUUCCCACAUUCCUAUUUCUAUUAGUUCCUAAAAUGACUUGUACCAAAUCCAUACAUGCAUGACUUCCUAAGUACUCUUUCAUCAGUAGGAAUUUAGUAGCUGGUUUCCAGUUAAUGUAUUUUGUCAAGUACUGGGGUUGGGGAGAACCCAUUUUGAUUACAAGCAGAUAAUUAUCUCAGUGAGAUGGGGGUUAGUUCAAGGAAGUAAGGAGGGGUAGGAUGUGAGGAAGUUACAACAAAGCCAAUGCUUAUUUGAUGGGCUGAAUAAACUAUUCAGGACUGAACUAUUUUUGAGCACUGUGAGAUGGCACAGUAAUUACCUGCUUCAAAAUCAACUGAUACCAACAUUUUUAUCUUUGUAUCUUAUUUCUGUAUGUGUGUAUUGAGGAAAUGCUUUACUGACUCAGAGGAAAGAUCAUGAAUUCUCCAUUGGCAAAACCACCUCUGUCCUUUCGGCAUACUUCCAGGCAGACGUACCUUCACGAGAAUGCUCAGCUGGGUGGCUCCACGCUCAUCCAGUGGGCCUAGGUUCUGACUGACCAGUGAACAAAAACUGUGACAGAGAUCUAGGAUUUCAUUCAGGCAGUGAAACACCUACCCGAGAAACAGAGUUAGCAUUAGGAAAAGGAGGAAGGUACGUCCAUGAAAUUAAAGUUUUGGGAGAACAGUCUAAUUAAUAGCUGAUCUAAUUAAUAGCUGACCUCCCAAAUCUGAGAGGAUAGACACUGCCACUUGCAAGGCCUGCCAGCCCCUCAGACAUACAAAAUGUGUAAAACAAACGCAUCCUUUCCUGGCUAAGCGAGUAUUACUCUCUUAGCCCUGCACCAAACCUCCAAUCUAGCCACAUUUAACUCUUCAUUUCUUAGACCCGCAGAGUGUGUUCCUGCCUCUGAGCUGUGAGUGUUGUUCCCUUUGCCCGGGAUGCUCUUGUUUUUAAUACCAGUUCAAGUCCCACUCUCUCAGUGAAGCACUCCCUUCCCCACUGUAGCCUUUAGUGAACCCUCGUUUCUUGCUUCUUUAUUAUCUGUACUGUUGUCCACUUGGCAAUUGUUCAGGCCUCUGUGUUGUUACUGAUUUUUGUAUGUGUAUAUAUAUAUAUGUCUUGUUUUUCCAACUAGAUUGUGAGCUCCUUAAGGGCAGAGCCAUGAAUUAUACCUCUUUGUAUCCCCAGUGCCUUGCAUACAGUAAGCACUCAAUAAAUAUUUAAUGAUGA